AUGGAUUUGACCCAAGCCGGAGUAGCUAGGAAAUUGCAGCUAGAGGAGCUCGAGUGUUUGAGGAGCGAAGCAUAUGAGAAUGCCCGGAUUUACAAAGAAAAGACUAAAGCAUUCCAUGACCAUCACAUCCGGAAGAAGGACUUCCAAGAAGGUGAUGAGGUUCUCCUCUACAAUUCGAGGCUUUGUUUCAUGCUUGGCAAGCUCCGCUCUAGAUGGGAAGGACCAUUCAAGGUGAAGGAGAUAAAGCCCUAUGGAGUGGUGGAGUUGUUUGAUCCUAAAAGUGAAGCAACUUUCAAGGUGAAUGGACAUAGAGUGAAGAAGUACCAUGGCUACAAGCUCCCAAAAGAGCUAGAGGUGUUCCUAUUGGCGGAUGCACCUAGAGAAGGAGAAGCUUGA